UGAUCCGCAGCAGUGUGGACACUUCCGUAACAAAUAUAAGACCGAUUUUGAUUGGUCAAUUGCGACCAAUCAAACAUCUUCUUAGAAACUUGGAGUGUUGUAUGAUGGGAAAAUAAAAUGGCGUCUUAGUGAUUGUUGCUAACAAGAACUUUAAAUUAUAUUUUGAUAUUUUUCUGAGCCAUUUUAAUGCAUUUUCGUGGCAAUAACAUCAAAACAUUGAAGGAAAUACGCAAUAGAUCUUUCUUGUGAUGAAACAUAAAGUUACAGUGAAGUUUGGACCCUAUGUUUCUUGUGGUUUGUUGGAGCACAGGACAGCAAGACUGGAAGGAUUACAAGAACUCUUACGUAGUAAUGAUCACACAGUAGAAUUCGUUAAAAUACCAGAUCGAGAUGUAGUUGAGUUAGUCGUUCAUGGAGAAGUUAUCUACCAGUGUAAAAUACAAGAUCUACGAUAUGGAGGCGAUGGAAAGCUGGACCCAGUAUGUCAUGAAGCAUUAGAAGCUGUUAAUAAAGCAUAUUAAUAAUAAGAAUAUUAAGGUUUUUAUAAACUACAAAAAUUUUACAUCUUCUAAGUUACUCAACCAUUUGUAAAUAUCACAUUGGUAUGAUGGUUUGUAAAAUAUAGAGUAUUUAACUAAU